UCAUCCAUUCACAUCUAUUUGAGGGCCUGUAGACAGACACAUCCACGACAAGACUGCAGAUCAAGACAGGUUUUAGAAACCUUAUGCGCUCUCUUCAGAUAGAAAGGGCAACAGAUUAAAGAGAGAAAAAAAAGACAGAAAAAAAGCAGAGGCAGUAGGUGGGGGUGAGUGUGGGAGGAGAGAAAGAUGACGAAGGAGGGUUAGAAUGGAGAAUUAACACUGGCAUUACCACAGGAAAGGACAGAGCAGCCUGUCCAACAUCAGAAAAGGGCCCAGGAAUGAGCAGAACAAUAUUUUUUGAGGUCGAAAUUCUGGACUCAAAAACCAAAGAACAGCUUUGUUUUCUUGACAAGGUUGAACCCCAUUCAAGCGUAGGUGAUAUUAAGAGUUUGUUUCAUAAAUCAUAUCCCAAAUGGUACCCAGCUAGACAAGCCCUGAGACUGGACCCCAAAGGAAAAGCACUGCGAGAUGAUGACAUGCUACAGAACCUGCCAGUCGGGACCUCAGCGACCUUGUAUUUCAGAGACCUCGGCCCACAACUGGGAUGGACGAUGGUUUUUCUGGUGGAGUACAUGGGUCCCCUUCUGAUAUAUCUCCUCUUCUACAUCCGUGUCCCGUACAUCUAUAACCACAAAUACACCUUCACCUCCAGCUCUCAUCAAGUCGUCAAUUUGGCUUGUGCGUGUCACUCCUUCCACUAUAUCAAGAGGUUAUUUGAAACAGUCUUUGUGCAUCGGUUUUCUAAUGGCACGAUGCCUCUCAGAGCCAUUGUAAAGAACUGUGUGUAUUAUUGGGGUUUUGCAGCUUGGUUAGCUUACUACAUCAACCAUCCUCUCUACACACCACCAUCAUAUGGAGACACACAGGUCAACUAUGCACUAAUUAUCUUUGUGUUAUGUGAGGCAGGUAAUUUUUCCAUCCACUGGUCACUGAACAGUUUAAAAUGUGAAGGAACAAAAUGUCGGAGGUUCCCAAAUCCAUCUAAAAACCCUUUUACGUGGCUUUUUUUCUUUGUUUCAUGUCCCAACUACACAUAUGAGGUGGGUGCUUGGGUGGGCCUGUCCAUCAUGACCCAGUGUGUCCCAGUGGCUCUCUUCACGUUUGUAGGUUUCAUUCAAAUGACCAUCUGGGCCAAAGGAAAACACAAAACUUACAUCCGGGAGUUUAAGGACUACCCAAACCUCCGCAUGUCAAUUCUCCCUUUCAUUCUCUGACAAUCAUAUAAACCCAUUUCAGGUCGAAAUCCACAGACAUUACGAUUUUGGCUGAGAAAACUAGAACACAUCUGAACAGCUGCAUGUAAAUGAAGCUGAUUUAUGACACCCUUUAGAAAGGAUUAUGAAGUUAAAUCCGCUUUUCAACAAUAUCCGACUGUUAUCAUGCAAGAUGAUGUUGAACAUUGUUCUGUUUACAAUGAUAUGCCACUUGGGAAUUUAAUUAAGCAGAUUUAUAGGAAUUUAUGUUGACACAACAUGUUUUUGUUGGUUAAAUCAUUUUCACGAAUAUCCAUGUGCAAAAUACAGUACUCUACCUCUGUAAACCCACUACUUCAGCAUGAAAGAAAAGAGUUUUUCUUUAACAGAGGGAGACACUGAGCUACAUUAAUUAGCUACAAUAUUUAUAUGAAAAUACUUUUGGAGUCAAACAAAAAUAAUUAGUUUUACCUGAAAUCUCAUUAACUGGUUCAAAUGGUUAUAAAAUAAUUUUGAGUGAUACCAUUUAAUUAUUUCCUGUACUGCUGAUGAUAAUGUUACCGCAUUAAUUCUUGACAAGGUGGACAGUGAGCAAUAACAUUUUUAAUAAUAUUAUUUUGGGGUAUUUUUCCAAAAAAAAGAAAAAGGAAGAAAGAUAGAAACAAAAAGAUAAUCAACUUUGUACAAUUUCUUGCUACAAGCCAUUUCUAGUCAAAUUACCUAACUGAACAUUCGACAUCUGUUUGUAUGCUACACUUUUCUAACUUGGCAAAAAUUAUUAAAGCUGUCACUUGCAAUGCAUCACAAUGCAAUAUGCAUUUCAAUAGCAAUAGCCUUUGCAAUAAAAUCUAUUGCAUCAUUUGAUUUGUUUUUAAAACAAAAAUCUUUGUAAAAAAGUGACAUUGACAUAAUAAAGUGCUACAGUAUUCAUAA